AUGGAGGAUGCAAAUCCAGUAAAUAUACCUGCGGAACUGGAAUCAAUACUGAGUAAAAGUGUAGGUAGUCAAGAAGCAAUGGACCCAGGUAUACCAUAUCGUGAAGCAGUGGGUUCUCUAUUGUUUGCCGCACGAGUAACACGACUAGACAUUGAGUAUGCGGUAAAUACGGUAAGCCAGUUCGUUGACAAUUAUAAUAAUACGCACUGGAGUGCUGUUAAGAAGAUUUUUAGAUACCUAGUUGGAACUAUAGACUGUGGCAUUAUUUACGGAGCAAGUGGGAGUGAUGAAUCAUUGGUUGGAUACACGGAUGCUGAUUAUGCUGGAUGCCCGGACACAAGACGAUCAAGAAGUGGCUAUGUUUUUAUGCUAAAUAAUGCACCUUUAAGCUGGUGUAGCAAGAAGCAAAAUAUUGUGUCUCUAUCCACUACAGAGGCUGAAUAUAUUGCACUAGGACAUGGAGUUAAAGAGGCAAUUUGGCUAAAAAGGAUGCUGAAAGAACUUGGUAUCCAGUGUGGGAGUGUUCCCAUGAAUGUGAACAAUCAAUCAGCUAUCAAACUAGCGAGUAAUCCUGAAUUUCAUAAAAGAACCAAACAUAUUGAAGUUCGGUAUCAUUUUAUUAGAGAAGUUGUUGAAAAAGGAACAAUUGUGCUAGCGUAUGUAAAAACACAAGAACAGUUAGCAGACAUUUUUACAAAACCAUUACCGAAACACCAACUACAGUACAUACGACAGAAACUUAGAAUUAUGACUGAUAAAAUCUAA